AUGCAUACAACUGUCUUAUUACUCCAAUCUUUGACUUUGACCGCCCUUGGGGCCUCUUUAUACUUGUAUUAUUAUACUGCAUUUUGUGGAUGGAAAUGGAAGGAUUCAGAAACGAGGAUAUUAUUUCUAGCCGAUCCGCAAAUAGAAGGAGAAAGUAAAAUACGUAGACAAGGAAUUCGAGGAAAAAUUGAUUUAUUUGGCAAUGACUUGUACCUUCGACACAUCUACACAUCAUUUGUAUCUCUAGAUUCACUAUUUUCGUCAAAACCAACACAUACCAUUGUUUUAGGUGAUUUAUUUUCAAGUCAAUGGAUUAAAGACAAAGAAUUUAAGCAACGAACAGAAAGAUAUAAAUGGAUUUUUGGUGAUCCUAAAGGAGAAUAUAAUCAUAAACUUAUAAAUUUAACAGGAAAUCAUGAUAUUGGAUAUAGUGGUGAUAUGAAUAAACAUAGAGUAGAAAGAUGGAAAGAAGCAUUUGGAGAAAUGAAUUUUAUUAAAAAACUUCACAAAUUAGCAAUUAUAAAUUCUAUGAAUGUGGAUGGACCUGUUUUAGAUGAAGAGUUACAUUAUGAGACAUGGUCAUUCUUGAGAAAGCUUUCAGAUGAAGAAGAUUAUCAAAACACGCCAUUGAUAUUAUUAACACAUAUUCCUAUACAUAAAGAAGAAGGAAUAUGUGUCGAUGGGCCUAUGAUUGUUUAUAAUAGUGAUAAUACGAUAAAAGAACAAAAUCAUCUUUCGCAAAAUUCAUCCAAUUUCAUUCUUACCAAACUCAAACCACGAUUUAUAUUCGCGGGGCACGAUCAUGAAGGAUGUGACGUAACACAUGUGAUAAGACUAAACGAUAAUUACGAUAGUAAUAAUAAUAACAGCGAUGAAUAUACGAUAGAAUCUUUUAGGACAAAUAUAUUUGAAUCAAAGAGACAAGAAAUUUUAGGAAGAAAACAAGAUGAGGAAUAUGACGAGGAUGGGAAUCUUAAAAGUUGGAUUGUUAGAGAAGUGACAGUAAGAUCGAUGAUGGGAGGGUUUAGUGGGAAUGCAGGAUUAUUUGAAAUUAAAAAGAAAAUAUCAAAGAAAGAUGAAGAUUAUGGGGUGGAGGGAGAAAGAGAAGGUAUGAAUAAAUAUAUUUAA